AUGGCUCCGUCGCUGAAACGUUCCCGUGAGGACGAUUCCGAGGAGGAGCUCUUCUCUCAUGAUCCCAAGUCUCUCAAGUACGGUUCCUCCUGGCAGACUGUCCCUGGGACAGUCCCAGACUAUGCGACAGACCUCGACCAAACCCUGCGCUUUCGCGACGCGGCACUCACGCCGGUUGACUCCUCUGACGAUGAAGACAAACAUGAGGUUAUCAUGGGCACCAGCCCCGCUAAAUCGGUACACGGCAACCGACCCCCGGCCCUCCAGCUAAGCCCUAGCUCCGCCGCGAAGCAUCUCGCGGUGCUAGCAGGCGGAGACCAGCUUUCACCCUGGCUGGUGACCGGUCACCACCUGCACAGCACCCAGCCCUCCCCAAUCCCCCACGGUAUGGUCAGCCACUCGCUCAAUCUCUGCGCGACGCAUUCAGUCCGGUCGACCACGACCUAUUUCCCUCCCCAGCCCAUCGCGUCCCAGCCACCAGACGCCAACAUGAUGGACGUGUCAUUCCACAAAGAAGUGCAACAUUCCGUGCAUCGGGUUCGGCUCCCCAGCCCAGUCAGCGACGGCGACGCAGAAAUGGCCAACGGACCUAAGACCCCCACCGACGAGAUGGACAUGUCAUACUCGCAACAGACAUCUCCGGUGCAAGGGUUCCGACCCAGCACCCCGCCAAUGGGUCAAUACUCGCGGCAAACCGUCGAAGAUCUGAUGCAGCAGGCUGCCAAGAUCACUCCGACUCAGCGAAAGAAACCUGCGCUGGUCAUGGGUUACCGAGCUGAUUGCGAGAAGUGUCGUUGCCACGUUCCUGGACAUUACAGCCAUAUUAUGCGCGCUUGA